UUUAGUUUCUCCCUUCACACUCCAUCAGAUGUGUAAGAGCGAGGAUGCACAUUCAAUCUACUUCAACGCUUUUGUAAAUAAACUAAACCACCGGAACAUAGGCAACAAUGGAGAACAUGUGCACUGUGCAGGUGAAACUGGAACUGGGACACAGAGCCCUGUUAAGGAAGAAAGUCACUAACGAGGGCUUCACACAUGACUGGAUGGUGUUUGUUCGGGGCCCAGAGGCAUGUGACAUCCAGCACUUUGUGGAGAGAGUUGUCUUCCGCCUUCACGAAAGCUUCCCAAAACCCAAGAGAGUUUGUAAAGAGCCCCCAUAUAAAGUGGAAGAGUCAGGUUAUGCUGGUUUCCUCAUGCCCAUAGAGGUCUAUUUCAAAAACAAGGAGGAGCCUAAAAAGGUGUGCUUUAAUUAUGAUCUAUUCUUGAACCUGGAGGGAAACCCACCUGUCAAUCACCUGCGCUGUGAGAAGCUUACGUUUAACAACCCCACACACGAGUUUCGGCGCAAGUUGGUCAAGGCCGGCGGGGCUAUAGUUGUUCCUGAGGGUGUGGAGAUGAUGCCAAGGCCCAGUCCAGAUUAUCCAAUGCUGCCGACUAUUCCACUAUCUGCCUUCUCAGACCCCAAGAAGAUCAAGUCCUCUCAUGCAGUAAAGGAGUCAAGUAAAGAUGGAGGAAGUGGGAGCAGCAAAGGUCUUAAAGCCCAUAAGGCAACCAAAGAACACAAAGAGCGCACGCGAAAGGACUCGGAGAGCAAGGCCACGUCCCGAGAGAGCGACCGCGAGGGCAGCAAGUCCUCACGAGAACAGUCUUCGUCCUCUUUUUCAAAAAAAGCCCCGGAUGGCAGAGGAAAAGACGAUGGGAAACCGGUACCAAAAGCAGCCUUCAAAGAGCCCAAACUUACGGUCAGAGAGUCCAAGAUGGAUGGUAUGUCUCCAAAAGGUGGCGGAGCGGUGACAGGAGGAGGGGGUCAGCUGGACACUCGAACCCCGAGCAAGCGGCCCUCAUCUACCAUGGAGGCUCCAAAGCUAAGUACCAAGAAACAGAAGAGGAUGGGCUCCGAGGGCAUGAAGGGGCCUGUGAGCGGAGGCUACAGCAGCAACUCUCCCCGUAUUACCUCAACAACAUCCUCCACGUACCCACGUAAAGAUAAAGGCCACUGGCCCAAGAUGAAACCAGAGGUGCAGGAAGUAAAAAGGCGGCCCGACUCUGAUGAAUCAAACUCUGAGGAUGAAGCCUCUUCUAAAUCAGAGCAAUCGGCUCCAUCCAGUCCAUCGAGUUCCAGCUCCAGCUCCAGCUCUGAUUCUGACUUUGAGCCACCACAGAAGCAAGGCCAAGGGACGCUCCGUUCUAUGGUAGAGGAUAUGCGCUCUGAAGGCUCUGAUGAUGACAGCAGCUCUGAGGUUGAGACGCCCAUGAAAACGACUCCUCCCAAUCAGGACUCUCGUUUAAGCAUGGACAGUGACAGUGAUGGCAAUGAGGAGUCCCGACCUCCCAGCCAGGAAGCCCCCUCACCUCUACCCAAACUGAGCUCAGCAAACCUCAAGAUGUUAGGAAAAAAGAGCCCAGACUCAUGCACCCGUGAGAAGAUGCUCAAGAGGGGAUACGACAAGGUAGGAAGGGCUUAUACAGAGGAGCUUGUGGACCUCCAUCGCAGGCUGAUGGCUCUGAGAGAGAGGAAUAUUUUACAGCAGAUUGUAAACCUCAUCGAGAAGACUGGCCAUUUCAACAUCACAAAUACAACAUUUGACUUUGACCUGUUCUCCUUGGACGAGUCAACUGUACGUAAACUCCAGAGCUACCUGGAAGCCACGUCCACAUGACACAAGGAAGCUGCUCGGACGUGAUUUUUUUAGAAGUGUGAGAGAGGCCUCCAAACUGACUGGAGGAAGAGGGAAAGGAAUUGAAAGCAACAUAUAAAUGCACAGGAAACGAACAAAUACAAAGCGAACAAACAAAAAAAAACUUUAUACUGUAAUAGAAAUAAGCAAACAAAAGGACCAGGGGCACGAAUGGGCGGCAUUCAGGGUUUAUCUAAUAACAGCACUGCGCGUUGCACUAAGAAACAAACUGUUGGCACAAUACUGUCCAAAAUGGACAAGAUCUCGCAUAGGCACCAUGGAUGAGAUACCUUAUUACAAGUAGGUACAUUUCAAGACUGGUUUUGCACCAAAGCUGUAACAGCUUCCCUCGCUUGGGCCUUUAUGCAGGGUCGAUGACUGAAAGACUGUGUCCCUUCUCUACCCUGUCACUCAUGUCUACCACUCAGCACAGCGUGGUGACAUGGAAAGAGCCCAACUCGAUCAAACCUUAUCGGCAUACUGUUUGUGUCUGCAUAGCUUUGUAGCCCCAUGUGUUGGAUCAAGUAAUACUAUCAAGCUUUGGUGAUAGAUGCUCCCUCGGAUCAGCUAAAGGGGAAAAACUAUCUGCCUUUGUAGUGCCUUUUUUAAAAUGUCAUGUUUUUGAUUAUAAUUGUUUGUGAGUCUCUCAUUGGUCUUGGGAUGACCAAAAAUGAUCCGUCAACAUUUGAAAUGCCUGAAAUUGACAUUCAAAGCCCUUUUAAAGGCGGUUAAAUACCUGUCCCGAGAGAACACUUGAUAAAGCCGUUCUGCAUGUGUGAUCUGAGAAGGUCUUGUGCAUUAAUCUGUUUUUUUGACGGUCAAUUUGUUAAGCAUUUAAAGUUCUUUUUGUAGUUUAUUUAAGUAACUGUGCACUUUUUCUGGUCACUUCAGUGCUUUGUAAUUAUCUGAUAACUAUAUUUAUGAAUAUUUUCUCUUUUUAUUUCUUUUUUUUUUUUACAUGAUAUUGACUUGCAAAAAUGUACAGAUUUUUGUCAAUGUUUUUAAAUGCAUCUAUUGAAGUCAUAUUAUUGAUUUAUCAAUCACUUGAGAGAAUAUGCACACAGAAUGAAGGGGGAAGGGUUUGUCUGUAUUCCAAUGGUGCAAUUGGAAAAAAGAGUCUUCUGUUCACCUGAAGUAUUAUACAAGUGAAAAUGUAUUUGUGUCAGAUACGUAUCGUCUGAUGACAUUGCUUUUUGAAAAGCAUACCUGCUUGACAUGUUAUUCUUCAUUGUCGAUUGCCAGUUACCCUUUUUGAUUCUCAAUAAUGUAUGGCUAUAAAGUAAACAAUGUUUUCAGUGAAACUUUUGUGGUAGCUGUAUGUUACAUCAUGGGUAAAUAGCAGUGAUCCGUGUUUGUGCAUGAUUAUCACAUGAAUUAUCACUUUCACAACCCUAUAUGUUUGCUUUAUCAGCUAUUCUCAGGAAUACAGAAGAUGCUCUUAAUAAAUCCAUACAAUACAAACCCAUAUAACAUGAUGAAGCACAAGCUAGAAACCUCUUGUAGAUCACUUGGUUGUGCUUUCUUCCCUAGUGUAGUAGCAUAGCCUUAUCAGGGGAAUGGGUUCAUUUUACAGUAUUAUGUAAAUAUGUAACAAUGUGCAUUACAUAGGUUACUGUACACUUAAGGCUGAAACUGUGGAACCAUGAUUAAAGCUCAUUCUCCAUUUAGUUUAUAUCA